AUGCUUCUCCUGGCGCUUCCUCCUACUUCGUACCUCCUUUUCAUCUACAAUUGCAGCAUCCCAUUAUUGCUGUUCAGGGGUACUGCACACUCUCCCCCAAAACCACCACCCGUUCUCCUGCUUUCCUCCAACCCCUCCACUCUCCUCACUUUCCCUCCUCUCCUCCCUCUUCCUUUCCCCUCUCUCCCUUCCCCCCUUUCCCUGCGUGCAGUAAAGCUGAACGCGAAUCGCACGGUGGUGGGGGUGCUGCGGGGCUUCGACCAGUUUAUGAACCUCGUGCUCGACAACACUGUUGAGAUGAGCGACCAGGGCAGCGAUGUGAUCGACGCGCUUCCAGCGGCGCUCUGGCACCGCAUCUUCCACCUGCUGCUGCACCGCCCCUGCAGCGCCACCCCUCCGCACUCCGCGGGAGGUCGCUACUACUGCCGCGCGCUAAGCGUCGCGCAGCGCGCAGAGGCGAAUGCCUCCAAGGCGAAUGCCACUGCCAGCGAUGCUGAUGCUGGUGAUGGUGGCGCUGGUGCUGGCGCUGGUGAUGGUGGCGCCGGUGCUGGCGCUGGUGAUGGUGGCGCUGGUGGUGGUGGUGGUGCUGGCAUCAACGACCCACGGAGCGCUGGUGCUGGUGCUUGUGCCAGCAGCAACGGCAAGAGCAAGAGUAACGGCAAGGGCAACGACGAGGGCACGGGCAGUGCAGGGGAGAGCGACGAGGAGGAGGAGGAGAAGGCAAGGGAGAAAGUGGUGUUCAUGAACGCCGGGGUGUCGCCGUGCUGGCUGCAUGCACACAAUGCUCGCACGUUUGGCUCCUCGUGGCCUCUGCUGUGCUGCGCGCUCGCCAGCAAGAGGCUUCUCCUCCUCGUCGCCUCCUUCUCUGCACAAGGCGCGCCCAUGAGUUUGCACCUCACAGCCGCCCAGCCCCAGUGGACCACCAGCGUGCGCUGGCUGCUCUCCCGCUCUCCCGCCCCCCCUUCCCUCCGCCUCUCCUUCUCCCACCCCUCCCUCAUCCCCCUCAUCCGCCGCUCCUUCACCCUCUCUUCUUCUCCCGCCGCCUCCUCCCUCUCAUCCCUGCAACUAAGCUUGGGUGUCAGAGAGAAAUUCACAGAGGAGGAUUACAGCCAGAGCGACUGGAAUCUAGGCUUUCUCAAACCUGCUCCUCCCUGCGUUCCCUCACACUCGCACCUGCACGAGUUUUCGUUCUGCGAGCCGUGGAAGCUGGAGGAGGAGGGAGGGGAGGACUGCAAAGGACCGGUGCUGCUGGCGCUCGAGUUCCCCAGGGCUCGCCGCCUCUCCUUCCGCUUCCUCAGCCACGAGCUCAAGCUGAAACUCGCCCUUUCUCACGACUCCCUCACCUCCUUCUCCGCCUGUGCCCAGUCCCUCACUCUCGCCUGCCGCUCUGCCCGCCCUCUCACGUUGACCCAGCUUUUGCUGUUUGGGGAAGAAAGGAUCCAUAUUGCUUCCUUCAAGGUUGCCUCUGUCCGUGCGCUUUACCUCAACGCCCCGAUUAAUCUGCUUCCGCCACGGCCCACUAACAUCCCUGCUGACGUUCGGAAAGCCAUGGAGAUCUGUGGUGACUCCUUUAUGUAUCUUCCGCCGCUGCAGCCUUUUGCAUGGGCAGACUGGCUGCAAGUAUUCGCGCCAACGGUAGAGCUGCUUAUAGUGAGGCAUGACAUUGACCUCGAAGCCUGCAGGUUCCCCUGGCCACGGCUGCAGAGCCUUGGGAUUGUCGUGGCGAGCGACUACGAUGUGAUGAACCCGGUGUGUGGGGAGAUGACAGUGGAAGAUGUGGAGAGAGCAGAUGGGAAUGAGAUCAUUGAGUGGACGAGAGCACAGAGGAGGAAGGAGAAGGGGGAGUGGAGGGAGACGGAGCUCAGGAUGAGGAGCCGAAGGCUGACUCGCUUCCAUGCGGGCCCGUUUGGGAACCAGCUUGUUGGUGUUGGACCCGACGACUACGAUAAUGCUGAUGCUGAUUACGAUGACGACUACGAUAACGUUGAUGGCUACAGUGAUGGUGACGAUUGUGACAGUGCCGACGAAGUCUAUGGUACCGAUGAGGAGUCGUCAGAUGAGGAGUGUGCAGAUGAGGAAAGGUCAGAAUCUUCUGGUGGUUCACUGGAGCGUACGACACCUUCACGCAGGCCCGCUGCGAACCACCAGUACAUCCCUCCAAGCAUCAACGCUCCGAAUCUGCUAGCCAUCUUCUUCCCAACCCGCCGCAACACACCAGCAGCCCUGCUAGGAGAUCUCAAGGCGAGGUAUCCUUCCCUGGCGCUGUACUGUGUUGCGAGGCAGACGUGGUACUGGGAGAGGAAAGGGGUGAGGGUGGAGGGUGGGCCGGUGGCGCACGUGAGGGGGCUCAGAGGAGGGAAGAGCAGUGCGUCAUUUAGGAAUGGGCGGAAGAGCGUGCGGGACAAGAUGCACAGUGUGAAUCGAGGGCUGAUAGAGGGGUACACGUUGGAUGAGGAGGAGUGGUUCAUGGUGGAAAGACGGAAUUGGAAGCCGGUGGUUGGUGAAGAGGGGAGGUCUGAGGGAGGGAGCAACAAUUCACGGCUCUCGCUGGAUACUGUUCAACAUUUCUGGUACAAUUUGCCUCUCUAG